AUGGUGGAAAGAAGUGAAAGCCAUUGGUGGUCUCUCGUCAAAAAAUUCUUGGUAUUCUCAGCUAUUUUCUGAUGAUGUUCGGAAUUGUGAAGAACUGGCCGAAAAUUUUAAUAACUUUCUUACUGCCCUUACAUCACAUUUUGACCCUCUAACUCUCGACGAAAUCCAGGAGGGCCUAGAAGUACCAAAUCAUUACCUCGUUGACGCCCAACAGAUCUAUAGGAAACUUAGUAAAAUUAAAACCACACAAUCACCGGGUCCUGACAUGUUUCCAAAUAAAAUCCUGAAAACAUUUGCCUUUGAGCUUGCCCCAGUUAUCUCAGACAUUUUCAACUCAUCCAUGACACAAGGCACCUUCCCAAAGGCAUUGAAGAGAUCUAUUGUAGUGCCUGUCCCUAAGGUAUCACCCCCAAAGAGUAUUGAAGACGACCUACGACCAAUAUCUUUAACAUCUCAGAUCGCCAAAGUUAUGGAGGAUUGUACUUUGGACAAUUUUUUUCCUGAAGUUGUAAAUAAACUUGACACCAAACAAUUUGCACUCCCAAAGAAAUCAACGACCCACGCUUUGGUCUACCUUUUACAUUCAAUCUUGGUUGCUCUUGAGAGAGGUUCCUGUACUGCCAGAUUGUUCUUUGCAGAUUUCAAGAAAGGUUUUGACCUAGUAGACCACAAUGUUAUUAUUAAAGAGUUAACCCUGCUUGGUACCCAUCCCUCUAUAAUUCGGUGGAUUAAAGCCUUCCUCUGGGAUCGCGAACAAUGU